AUGGGAUCUAAUCUCGGGCACUCUAUCUAUCUUAUGCUCUCAUCGAGCCUCCUUGGCGACGCUUCUAUCCGUAUUCGUUCAGCGCCGGGCAAGGAAUCGACGUUGCUACUUACCCAAGACGAUGCUCACUACGAGGACGAUGCAGAAGACGAGGCCGAUGACCAUUACGAGGACUUUGAAGACGAUGCUGAAGACCAUAGUCACCCCGAAGAAGACAUCGAGCUGAAGAACUACCUCGACGACAUCGCAGAUGCUCUCAAGAAGCAGUCAAAGAACGACUCCGAGAUUGCUGAAGGCUUCAACGAGAAGCUGUCCGAGAUGGUAUACGGCUCAAAUAUGAUCGAGGCGGUCGGCAGCAGCCUCGACAUCACAAGCGAGCUCUGCCGAGAUAUUUUUGCUGGGCGCAUAGGCGCAGACGAUGUUGAGAUCAGCGAUAAUGAUCCCACUUAUAAGGCUAUUCAAGUGGAACUCAUCGAGAAGUGCAAGCCUAGUGCACAUGAAGACGUGCUCCGAACCCGCCGCGAGGUUGUCCAGCACGCAAAGGCGGCCUACUACAUGAUGAACGAAGUCGCCAUCAAGGGGAAGGAUCUGUCCGAGGAGAUCAUCUUGGAGACGCACCGCCUUUUGACGUACAAAAUCGACAGUCCCGACGGUGUUCUCUCCAGCGAAUACGGGGGCAUGUAUCGAAAUUGCCCAGUCCAGCGAGGCUUCAACUCUUUCCCUCACCAGUCUACAGUCCCAAAGGCCGUUCGAGAUUUGACCGAAUCCCUCAAGGCUGAUAUCACAACAGCAGAGGAGAGCGGAGAGAUUGACCCUGUGGCUCUAGCAGCCAAAUACUGCCAUAAAUUCGUCAACAUCCACCCCUUCCUUGAUGGAAACAGCCGAACAAGUCGUCUCAUUCUGAAUACCAUACUCCUCAAGUAUGGAGGCUGCUUCGUUUGGUUCGGAAAGGAUGCAAUAGAGCGUGAGGAGUAUUUGGAUAUUGCGGCAGAGGGAUUCGCUGCUGCUGAGGCUAUGGCUGCGCAAGAGGAAAUGGAUGAUUUACCAGAGGGCUUCAAGCCAAAGCAUCACAAGAAGCUGGCCACAUUCACUCUUAAGCAUGUAUACAAAUUCCUUAGCAUAUUCAAAUGA